GUUAGUAUAGUGAUUCUACUUCCGGCUACCGUUCGGUACGGACGUUGAAUGUCGCGCUCCGUAGGGGCGGUGUUUGCGGCUAUGCCAAGCCGCGGAAACAGGAUGACUGCUACCGCUGAACCGGAUUACCACGUUGUUUUGCCGCCGCUGCCAACAGGUUCGUGUGUUUUAAACACCGUUUUUCUUCACGGUGACGUGAAAGCGAGGCCAUUUCGUGUCGAAGAUUUUCGUGACACGUUUGCUCAUCUGGAAUUGCUCCCUGAGGUGGUCGCCUUGGGGGCGUUUCAGAUGAACCACGUCUGGGCUGUGACGUUCGAGAAUGCAGAGGCGACGAAGAAGAUGCUGAAGCACGCGGAAGUUCAAGUCAAGGAACGACGCUGUUUGGUUGUGGAUCCGCAUAACCGGGAGGUGCGGCUAAAGCUGCACUGGUUACUGCACAAUGUGCAUGACGAUGACGUACAUGCGGCGUUUGUUCCGUACGGAAAAGUAUCUGACAUCCAAAAAGAACGCUGGCGUGUACAAGGUGUCACGGACAAGGGAUCGUCUAUGCGUACGGUGUCCCUGAAGCUGAAGCCUGGCUUGACAAUUGAUGAUCUUCCGCAUCAGAUACGAAUAGCAGGCAUAAUGGCGCUAGUGGUCGUGGCAGGUCGUGCUCCCCUAUGUCUUCGGUGCAACCGUACGGGGCACAUCAGACGUGAGUGCCGCGUGCCGCGUUGUUCUGUGUGUCGAAGAUUCGGCCACGAAGACAGUCAGUGCGUACGCACGUACGCAAGCAUCGCAGGGCCACCAAAAAAUGAGGAAAUCGUCAACGAGCUCCUUAUGGACGAAGUUGACGCGGAGGAAAUUUGCAGUGCGUCUGGACCAACCUUGUCGCCGCCUUCGAAGAAAGACUUGGCGGUAACGACGGAGAAACACGAUCUUACGCAGGUCGCGAGUGAAGCCAUAUUGACAUCAGGCGCGCCUACACCUGCUAAAGAGGCUGAAACAAACAACGACGCAAGUGCAGGCAAGCAACCGUCCGCAACAACUUCACAGGAUGAUGCAUGCCUCAUGGACACCACGGAAACGAGCAAAGCGGCAGCAGCGGCCAAGAGAACGCACGAAGAAAGUGCCGGAGGGGAGCAAAAGUUGAGCACUUCCAGUGCGAGCGAACCACCUGUGAAGACAGCAACUGGCCGGAGGCCUACCUUUCGACCGGCGCCAAACCUACCGCCGGACAGAAAGGUGUCGGGGACACCUCCGACUUAA